CACUCCGGGUGCUGCCGCUACUGCGUUUGUGUGUGUGUGUACAUGUAUGUGUGUGAGGGGAGGGGGUGUGGGCGUGUGGGAGGAGUCUCUGUGCUGUUAUUUGUAAAGGCUUUUGAUGGAUGAUUGCUCUGUGUGUGUGUGAGAUAGAGGGAGUGAGGGAGUCCCCCCCCUUUCUUUUUUUUUUUCUAGUGGCUCACUGUUCAGUGCACAAUGACUCAAUGAAAAGUGGAGGGGAGAGGCAAACACACUGUACGGCUGAUGGCGAGAGAGAGAGAGAGAGAGAGAGAGAGAGAGGGAGACACACACACACAGGAGAGUAGAAUAAGAGAAGCCAAUUGGAGUGAGCUCUAAAGCUGGGGACAAGAAGAAGAAGAAGAGGAUAUACUUGUCUUUUUCCUUCUCUUUUUCUCUCAAAGGCCACUCCGGGAUCAAGUGGCAGCCGAUCAUUUUGUAGGGAACUUCACCUGGCUUUGCCACUGUCUGUCUCAGCCUUUAAAGAAUUCUAACUAUUGCACUUGAAGCAUUUUGUCCACUUUUCCAAGAGGUUUAAGUGCUGGUCAGUCUUCCCCAAAAGAAGAAAAAGGUGAUAGGAUCUGUCAGCUGGUUUCUGCAGUGCAGCAGGAAAGAAGGAUGCCUGCUGGGAGAAGCAGGGAUGGAGCCGGGUCAGGAGGCUCCGGGAUGGUCACAUCCCCAGGUUGGUCUCCUCGCUCCGGGCUGCGGAUGCUGCUGAUCUGGGUCGUGCUGGUGCUGGUGGCAGGUCCAUGCCGUGUGGAGGCGUGCCCCUCCCCCUGCAGCUGCCUGGGGAACACGGUGGACUGUCACGGCCUGGGGAUCCACUCCGUACCCAAAAACAUCCCCAGAGGGACUGAGAGGCUUGAUCUGAAUGGAAACAAUCUGACAGUGAUCAGCAAGACUGACUUCUCUGGUCUCAAACACCUCAGAGUCCUUCAUCUGAUGGAAAACCAGAUCAGUAUCAUUGAGAGAGGAACGUUUGAUGAGCUGAAGGAGCUGGAGAGACUGCGCCUCAACAAAAACCGUCUCAGCCAGAUUCCAGAGCUGCUGUUUCAGAAGAAUGAAGCCCUGUCUCGACUGGAUUUGAGUGAAAAUUUCAUCCAAGCGGUCCCAAGGAGAGCCUUUAGAGGAGCCGUGGAUCUCAAAAACCUGCAGCUGGAUAAAAACCACAUCAGCUGUAUAGAGGAGGGGGCCUUUAGAGCUCUGCGCUCUCUGGAAGUACUCACACUAAACAAUAACAACAUCAGCAGUAUUCCAGUCUCCAGUUUCAACCACAUGCCAAAGCUGCGCACCUUUCGCCUCCACUCUAACUCUCUGCGCUGUGACUGUCACCUGGCCUGGCUGUCUCCAUGGUUACGCCAGCGGGCAGCGUUAGGCCUCUACACUCAGUGUAGCUCUCCCCCCACGCUGAGGGGCCUCAACCUUGCCGAGCUGAGAAAGAGCGACUUUGCCUGCUCAGGUCAUGGUGACAGCGCCUUUGUUCAGCCGUGCAGCCUGGCGUCUGGCUCCUGUCCUCCUAUGUGUUCCUGCAGCAACAACAUAGUAGACUGUCGAGGGAGGGGCCUAACUGCCAUCCCCGCCCACCUACCUGAAGCCAUGACCGAGAUACGAUUGGAGCAGAAUGGCAUCAAGUCAGUUCCCCCUGGCGCCUUCACCUCUUACAAGAAGCUCCGCCGAAUAGACCUGAGCAACAACCAGAUAUCUGAGAUCGCUCCUGAUGCUUUUCAAGGACUCCGAGCUCUGAACUCCCUGGUUCUGUAUGGGAAUAAGAUCACUGAGCUGCCCAGUGGAGUGUUUGAUGGUUUGGCCUCUCUGGAGUUACUGUUGCUCAAUGCCAAUAAGAUCCACUGCAUCAGGGCCUCGGUGUUUAAGGAUCUGGAGAACUUGGCUCUGCUGUCGCUUUAUGACAACAAGAUCCAGAGUUUGGCAAAAGGCACCUUCAGCUCUCUGCACAGCAUCCAGACGCUCCACCUGGCCCAGAACCCGUUCGUGUGUGACUGUAAUGUGAAGUGGCUGGCCGACUUCCUGCGUUCAAACCCCAUCGAGACCAGCGGGGCUCGCUGCGCCAGCCCACGCCGCCUCGCCAACAAACGCAUUGCACAGAUCAAGAGCAGCAAGUUCCGCUGCUCCGCCAAGGAGCAGUACCACAUCCCUGGUACCGAAGACAGGCGUCUGAGCUAUGAGUGUAACAGUAAGCCAGUGUGUCCGGCUAAAUGUCGCUGUGAGGCCAACGUGGUCGACUGCUCCAACCUUCGACUCACCAAGUUCCCUGAACACCUGCCGUCAUCCACUGAAGAGCUGCGUCUCAACAACAAUGACCUCUCCGUGCUGGAGGCCACCGGAGCCUUCAAGGGUCUGUCCCAUCUCAAGAAAAUCAACUUGAGCAACAAUAAGAUCUCGGAGAUCGAGGAUGGGGCGUUUGAAGGUGCGUCCUCGGUGAUGGAGCUUCACCUGACAGCCAAUCACCUGGAGUCUGUGAGAGGCAGCAUGUUCAGAGGCAUGGAGGGACUACGCAUGCUGAUGCUGAGGAACAACAAGAUCAGCUGUGUCCAUAACGGCAGCUUCACAGGAAUGGCCAACGUCCGGCUGCUCUCCCUUUAUGACAACCAGCUGAGCACCAUCAUGCCCGGAGCCUUCGACACACUGCCCAACCUGUCCACACUGAAUCUUCUGGCCAAUCCUUUUAACUGUGACUGCCGCCUGUCCUGGUUCGGGGCGUGGCUCCGUAGCCGACGAAUCGUGACAGGAAAUCCUCGCUGUCAGGGCCCCGCCUUCCUCCGAGAGAUCCCGCUGCAGGAUGUGGCCGUACCUGACUUCCGCUGCGAGGACGGCUCUGUUCUGGAGGACAGCAGCUGUGGUCCAGGUCCACAGUGUCCCACUCAGUGUGCCUGUAUGGACACUGUCGUCCGCUGCAGCAACAAACACCUGCAGGCUCUGCCCAGAGGACUCCCCCGCAACGUCACUGAACUGUACCUGGAUGGAAACCAGUUCACCAGCGUUCCUAAGGAGUUAGCCACAUUCAAAUACCUGCAGCUGGUAGAUCUGAGCAACAAUAAGAUCAGCUCCCUGUCUGAUGACUCCUUCUACAACAUGAGCCAACUCACCACUCUGAUCCUCAGCUACAACUCCCUACGAUGUAUCCCUCCUCUGGCUCUGGGUGGCUUGCACUCUCUGAGGCUGCUCUCUCUCCAUGGCAAUGACAUCUCUGAGUUGCAGCACGGCAUCUUCAGCGACGUGGCCUCCCUGUCGCACCUAGCGAUUGGAGCCAACCCUCUGUACUGUGACUGUCGAAUGCUCUGGCUCUCAGACUGGGUGAAGAGUGGCUACAAGGAGCCUGGUAUCGCCCGCUGUGCCGGACCCCAAGGCAUGGAGGGAAAACUGCUGCUCACCACUCCAGCUGACAAGUUCCAGUGUGUGGGUCCUGUAGAUCCCUCUGUUCAAACCAAAUGCAGCCCAUGUGUCUCCUCCCCCUGCCUGAACCAGGGCGUCUGUCAAGUCCACCUCACACAACAAUACACCUGCACCUGCAAGUCCGGCUUCACGGGUAAACACUGUGAGACCCCGGUUGAUGCCUGUGUCAGUAAUCCCUGCACAAACGGAGGACUCUGCCUCAGUGACGAACAGACCAGAGGCUUCAGUUGUGCAUGCACCUUUGGUUUCCAUGGAACCUUCUGCGAGGUGAACGUGGACGACUGUGAGGAUCAUGGAUGUGAGAACGGCGCUACUUGUGUAGACGGCGUGGGGAACUACACCUGCCUGUGUCCUCCAAAUUACACAGGUCUCUUGUGUGAGGAAGAAGAGGACGUGUGUGCUCCAGGUAGAAACCCCUGUCAGCAUCAGUCCACCUGCAUCAGCACUCCUACUGGCCCCAGGUGUGUGUGUAUACCUGGCUGGGUGGGGCCAGACUGCAGCAUAGAUUAUAAUGAAUGUACAGACCAUCGCUGUCAGAAUGGAGCUCAGUGUGUCGACCACCUUGAUGGCUACAGCUGCGUUUGUCCGCAGGGAUACAGUGGGGAGUUUUGUGAAGUGGCCCUUCCUCCCGCUUCACCCUGCCAGCUGGCUCAGUGUCAGAACGGCGCCCCCUGCAUGGAGGAGACGGACUCUGCGGUCUGUCAGUGUCUGCCGGGCUUUGAGGGGCGUAGCUGUCAGAAGCUGGUCAGUGUGAACUUUGUGGACAGAGACUCAUAUGUUCAGCUUCAAGAUGUGAAGAACUGGCCUCAAGCAAACAUCACACUGCAGGUUUCGACAGCAGAGGAUAAUGGUAUCCUGCUCUAUAACGGAGACAAUGAACCAAUAGCUGUGGAGCUCCAUCAGGGUCACGUCAGGGUCACAUAUGACCCUGGAAACCAGCCUGCCACUGCUAUCUACAGCACUGAGACGGUGAAUGACGGACAGUUUCACACGGUAGAACUGGUGACCUUUAAUCGGAUGGUGAACCUGUCUGUAGACGGAGGAGAGCCAACAACUCUAGACAGCCAGGGGCGGAGCCUGCAGGUGGCGGGAGACGCCCCUCUUUACGUAGGAGGUAUGCCUGAGAAGGUGAUGCCUUCCUCUCUGGGUCUCUCCUCUCAGUCCCUCAACACGUCCAGUUUCCAUGGCUGCAUAAAGAACCUCUACAUUAACCACGAGCUGCAGGACUUCACCCGCAGCCACAUGAAUCCGGGGGUGGUGCCGGGCUGCCAGGCCUGCCGCAAACUUUACUGUCUGCACGGCAUCUGUCAGCCCAAUGCUGCAGAGGGUCCCCAAUGUCACUGCCAGCAAGGAUGGGCAGGACAACACUGUGACCAGCCAAUGACAGGAAGCCUUACUGGAGUGGAUGGUGUAACCACAGCAACUGGUGUCAGCCCAUGCCAGGGCAGCAAGUGUGUGAAUGGUGUGUGUGUGGUGUUGGACACGCAGUCAUACCGCUGUGACUGUGAGGAAGGAUACGGAGGUUCAUUGUGUAACCUGAAGGAGGAGCCGCCGAGUUUGUGUCGGGGUCUGCAGUGUUUGCACGGCCAAUGUGAGCAGACUGAGCAAGGAGAGCAGUGUGUCUGUGUGCAGGGAUUCACCGGAGAGAGCUGUGAUAUAGAGUCCCCUUGUCGAGGAGAGCCGGUAAGAGAUUACCACCGGCUGCAGCACGGCUCCGUCCUCUGCCAGACGGCCAAACCAUUCUCCUGGGUGGAAUGUCUGGGUCGAUGCCAGGCAGGAACCGAGCCGGGCACUGCCGCCGCCACUUCCUGUUGCGCUCCUCUGAGGGUCCGACGCCGGCGGCUCACAUUCGAGUGUGACGACGGGACCUCGAUCACACAGGACGUGGAGAAGCCUGUGGAGUGUGGCUGCAAGGAUUGUGCAUAGUACUGUGGAUGCACUGUGCGUACACACACACACAUGAAGACACACACAUCCAAACAUAACACACAAACACACUCACACACACCAAGCUAAAGAGGUACACACACUGUAGGUAAUCUCUCACUGAUAAACGGACAUUUUGGUGUUUGUUUCGUGUGUUUCUGCGCACCGACGCAGUUUUGUUACAUAAGACAGUGCUUCCCUCUCCAAACAUGAAAUCAACGAGUCAACCUCAUCUUCAUUCUCCUCCUCCUCUUCACCUGCAGCAGGACAACCUGCGCACUUACUACCUAAUGCCAGCUCAUUUCUAAUGCUUGUGUGUUUUAAAAUCUCCCUUUGCCUUCUUCUCUGUGUUUCAUAUUUGUGGCUGGAAAAGCGCUGCUCUCCAUUCACACACAGCUGCAUCAGAGAGCUGCCAGUUUUUGCAAGAAAUUAAGGUACUAACUGAAGCUUAAUUAAAUGUCUGUUAAGGUAAAAGUUGCUCAAUUUUGUAUCCACUUUGUUAAGAUUUCACCUGCCAGACUGCAUAUUUCUGAAACACAGCACUGAGCUCUGUCAGUUUUUUGAAGGGGGGAGCUGCAGGUGAAAUAACAAAGGGAUGUUUUAGUAUAGUUUUCUGCAGCCAUGACUGCUGUUUAUCUGAUGGUUUAAGCACCAAGUCGUUAGGUUGACUGAAAGUUUGGGUAAGACAGCAUUUCCAGCAAGUGACAGCCAUCGAUGUGACUCCAAAGCCCCCUGCAGUAACAGAUGGGUGAUGUCACUCAGGCUUCGUCCAAUAAUAUUUACAGUCUGUGUGUUCCCUGCAUCCACCUCAAUGCCACAUGUUGAAGCUCUGAAGAGAAAUAAGGAUUUCAAAUAAGGAAUAAGAAAAGUUAUUGGUUACAUAUGAAGCAGAACAUCUUACAGCCAUUCUUUUGUCUUGUCUUUAAAUUAAAUUUGUCCUCUUUGUCUGAUAAAUACAGACAAAGAUUCCAUUUUAGUUAGACUAAAAUAAAAUUCAAAGGCAAGACAAAAAAAAAAGCUUCAUUCAACAAAUAUUUAGUAAAUCAGAUGAAGACAGUAAAGCAUGAAAAUUUGGGCUUUAGGAUCAUUUUGACUGAAGAAACACCUCUAUGGAAAAUUAAACCUUGGUCUGCUAUAAAAAUCCCUUAAAUUUAAAACAAAGCCUGGUCGUUGAGUUCAUGGAAUAAUCCGGAUGUAAAUAAAAGGGUCAUCACCCAACAAUGUUCAGCCUGAAGGCUAAAGGUGAUGGAGUUCACAGGGGACAGCAGAGGGGUCAUGAAAUGUUCCCAUCGCUGCUGACAAGACGCCCUUUCUUCCACUUAAACACUGGUGGUGGUGGUGGUGGGGGGUUGGGAUAGUGUGUGUGUGUGUGUGUGUGUGUGUGUGUGUGUGUGUGUGUGUGUGUGUGUGUGUGUGUGUGUCUGUGUCUGUAUGUCUUGUACUUCUAUCUUUUUGAGGAGCAUAUUUUAGAGAUAUUGGGAAUGAGGAGAUGUUGGUUGUUUCCUUGAAGGUCUGUUUUGAGGUUUAAACUUUGUCUUGAAUUUAAGCAGAGCGCUAUACUGUGAGGGUACCAACCGAAAAGUUUCCACCAGAAGGCAUUGAAGGCUGAAAAUAGAAAAGUUAUAUUUUAUCUUGUUCCUUUUUUUAAAUUGCUGCUAAUAUAAAUAAUUUUUUUUUUUUUUUUUUUUACAAUGUCAUUUGGUAACGUACAUUUAAAAAAGUGAACCACUCCAAUUAUUUAGAAAAGAUUUGUUCUUAAUGUGAAGUGCUUUAUGAAUAAAAUGUAUUAGUAUUACUAUUUUUAUUAUUAUAAUUAUUACUGUAAAUUGGUGAAAUCUUACACUUUCAAUAUUUGCUCUUUAUGAUGUGGGAAGUAUUGUAACUAUUAAUUAGAGUUGACAAAGAAAUAAAAAGAUGUUUGAUUUUUAUGAAACAACUUUAUUUCUUAGCUUUCUGUCUAAAGACGGAAACACAAGAUUAAUGCAGGAACAUAUCUCAAACAGCAUCCCCUUCAACAUUGUGGGAUAAGCACAUUAUGGUUCAGGGCUUUAAAGAAUCAAAGUCCUCACAAGCAUAGAAGUGCAUUUUUGUGUGUCUGUGUGUGUGUGUGUGUGUGUGUGCGUGCAUGUGUGUUUGUCACCGCCAGACCCUUCCAACAACAGGACGCUGUCCCUGAUAAUGAGCUUCAUUAUACGACAAUGUGGCGUGGUGCUCAGAUCAAACGCUUCCUCCGAUUUGUCAGAGAAAGCAAGUGAAUGCAUCACAUAAUCGCCACAUGGAAAAUGUAGCUUUUAUGGUGUGUUAUUUAUAUGGAUGUGAAACUAAAAUAAAGCUGCGUGAAAUUCAUUUUAACCUGUUUUUGUUUUUUAAGCCUUUGAGUUAAAUUUCCUUCAUUUGGAAUUGUGUCAUUAAUCAGACUAAUGUAGCUCUUAUUAUUAUAAUAACUGCAAUAAAUCUACACAGUAACAGCCUAACAGAUUGUAAUAUAUUAUAAGCUUAUAAUGCGUUUGAUUUUGUCAUAGUAUUUUUAUAUGUUGAAGAGGAUGUUGUCACUGUAUCAUAUGUAGAUUGUAGACAUCUUUUUUGUUUUGGUUGCCAAAAAGAAUGCUUUCAACCUCGUUUCAGUCGUGUGAAUUUUACAGAAAAGAAUAAACAGAUUGUGUUUUUGUUCCCAAAGUUUCACCUGAGAGUGGAAAAACAAGUAGUGUUUCUUUUUUCCUUUUAUUUAAAUAAAGAGCUGUUCUUCCUC